ACAAAACGCACGCGACUUUCAUCGCUCUUCGUUGGGUGCUUGGUCAAUUAAGUCGCGAAUUGUUAAGGAUGGCCGUGACCGUGAUUUGCUUUCGUGGGUUUUUCUAAUAUUUUUAAGUUGGCUUUUAUAAAAUCAUUAAGUACAGUGAAAUUUGUUUUUGCUUUUGUGUGUGCUUAAUGUGAGGAAUAUCUUGAUAAGUGUUUUUUACUAAGCCCAGGAUAUAGGUGAAAUCUUAACCGAGAUUCUUUUUUGAGAGUUUCAUGUUUCUUCAUAUAUACUGGGAAUGAGGUGUCGUCAGCUGAUAUGGGUACCGCUACGUUACCGUCCGCAUCGAGAGCUUUAACCUGCAGCAGGGGCCUUCCAGCAGUAUCGACCACUCCGUCAGCAGAAGUUCUUCUGGUUCAUCGUAGAGUGUUACAGUGCGCGAUUUGUGAUCGAUUUAUUUUUCGGCACCAGCACCACAAUUAUAAAAUAGAUAAAAAUGAGGAUUCUAAGGACUCUAAGUGUUAUAACCAUAACUUUGAGCAUAGCAUGGUCUAUGUCAAUAGAGACAACGACAACAAGAUCUCCAAAGCCAACGCAAGCUACACCGAAGACAAAUGAUUCUGCCAAAAAUACCACUAAUCAUAUGGAAAGUAACAUCUCAACGCAAACUAUUCUAGAUGUACGAACACCGCCCAAAAUACAAACUCAAAUAAAAGAUAGACUUUCUAGCAAAUACCAUGUAGAAGCAUCUCAUGCAGGUGAGGCAAUACCUAUAGCAGAAGAUGAUAUAGUAAUGUUGGAGGAAAGCACUAAGAAAAUGAACUUUUAUAAGUUGGAUAGAGCAACAACAGCUAAUGGGGGAUUAUCUACUUGGAUACUUUUAAGCGGCCAGUCCUCUACGACUCCCAAGCCUACUACCAAAAGGCCUACCAUUAAACCUAUUAUUUUAAAAGAUGAAAAAAAUAAUGAAACAUUAAUGCUAAGUGAUAAGCCUAUAGGAGUGGUGAAACCAAUAUUUAAGCAGAAAGUUUCCACAACAGCAAAACCAACAACAACAAGUACCACUAUAAGGAUUAACACAUUUUCACCUAAAAGUACAACAGUCCGGAGUCCUACCAAAGUAACAAAAAUUAAAGCAUCCUUAAUUAAUAAUAGCAAAAAUAAUAAUACUAAAAUAUCAAACCAUACAAUAAUAAAAACCAUUAGUACCACCACACCAUCAAAAAUAAUUACUACUUCAUUACCUCCUAUGACCACGGCUUUAGAGUCGACAACUAAAUCUACAAAAAAUUCAUCAGCAACUCUGCCAGUAGAAGCAAAAGAUGGAACCUUAGACCUUAGUUCUAAUCAAGAUAAAAAAAAGAAAACUCAAAAAAGAAAGAAAAAUAAGACAAAGAAGCGUAAACCUUCAACCAAAGAAAACAAUAACAAACUUAAGGAAAUAGAAUCUACCGGGACUCAAAUUUACAGCUAUUUAAAAAGCGAAAUUAUUCCAGUUACAGUAGGAGUUAGCUUGGUAGGGCUUUUAGUAACUGCUGGCUUAGCAAGUUACUAUUUACAACCCUUUGCGGCAUUAAGAAGAAGCGAUCCCAUUGAUAGAAAAGACACAGGCAACUAUUUUUAUCGUGAUGAAUAUUCAAAUGCAAUGCCGGAGGAAGAAGCAAUUGGUAAAGUGAUUGCUGGAAUGCCCGAGAGCACAUUACAGCCCAAUGCCUUUAAGGGACCCAGCUCUAGAAAUACUUACCCUCAAAACAUCAGAUAUAGACACGUAGAUAGAAGGUCUCAACUAUAUAUGAAACCUUAUGGCUCCGUUGAAGAUGUAAAACUUCACGAUAGAACGGCAACCAUCAAUAAAAAUGAUGAAAAGAAGUUUGUCGUAGGAAAUGUUCCUAAAGAGGCAAUUCAAGAAGUCACACCAGCAGUUGUUCCCGAGCAUGGUCCAAGGACUAUUAAGAAUGAACCUGGUUUUAUUUUAGAAAAUAUGUUAAAAAGCUCAUCAUUAUCUGGAGCUUCCCCAAGGUAUAUCGGGUCAAGAAGGCGACGACAGAUAAAUGAACAAAAUGACCUUGAAAACGAAGUUGAUAGUGGUGACUCUGUAGUACAAAUGGGUACAACUUCAGCUUCUGAUAAUGAAACUUUGCUUGAUGUAACCAAUGCAACUACAGAAAGCAAUAAUAAAGACACAACGCCACAUAAUGUGUACAACCCAAACGAAAGACCAAAUACUUUUUUCGAAUUAUUGGCAGAUUUGUUUAGGCUUAAAUUAAAGUUUGGAUCCGAUUUAAUUCAUGAUAUAGUAAGCAGUGUAGAGACUUAUGUAAAUGCUACUCGGUCUAUGCUUGUCGAACACUAUAACAGACAUAACCAUACUGCGGAAUCCACAUAAUAUAGUUAUCUUUUACUUUUUUUUGUAUUGUAAAUAUACUUUUCCAAACAUAUUUUAAAUAGGUAUUACUAAAUUUUAUUAUAAAAGAUAUGAUGGAUAUCCAUCUUAUUUUGGUGAUAAUUUAAUAAAGUAGGAUUACGAAUCGUAGAUUUAUAAAAAAAGAUUGGAUAUCUUAGCUUUUAGUAUUUUGUGUCCCAAAAUCGCAGAAUGACGCAUCUUAAAAUUUAAAAGUAUUAAACUAUACACUUUUUAUAUGCAAAAUUGUACAUAAGGCCUAAAUUAUAGAUUUAUUAAGAGUAUUUUAUUAUGUAUAUUAGGUUUGCACCUAAUAGGAACAUUCUGGUGGAGGAAACAAAUUUGUUACCAACUUCAAAGAUAUGAACAAUUAUAGUAGUUUAUGGCUUUUAAGGGCAGGGAAAUAGGGUUAAACAUAUCUAAAAAAAAUAUGUGGUUAGAGUUAGUAAUUUAUUUAUAAGAAUAUUAAUCAUUUUUGAAGACUGUAAUAAAGGUAAAUUAAAUAAAUAAAUAUGCAAUAAAAAUAUAAA